AUGGAUGUGUACAAUAAUAGGGCGGAUGGCCCCCCGGGGGGAUCUGAUUCCUCUGAAUUAUCACCGCAGUCCUCAUCUUCCUCCAACCCUGAGGUGGCAGUCGAUCUUAACUCGGCCAUAACAACAACAACAACUACUACUGCUACUACUACUACUACCAAAUCCAAAAGAAGGAGGUCGUUCCCGUUGGGGUUUGUGACUGGGGUUUUGUUCUCUUCUAGCAGUGACCCGUCGUCUUUUGUUGACGGGGCCAGGGCGGAGGGAAGACCGGUUGGUAGUAGUGGGAAGAACAGCACCACGGCGACUGCGCUGAGGAGGUUGAGCAACAGGUUCCCUUCGGCUGUGGAGAGCGGGGGUAGUGAGCAGGGGAGUUUGAAGACGACGACGACGACGGGGCCGGUGGUGGUUCGGACGUAUAGCGGUGGUGGGGGGGAUCAGCGACGUCGGAGCCGGCGCGGUCGUGUGUUGAGUUCUGGGGUGGCUACGACUGGUAGUUCGAAUCUUGACGUCACUACCACCACUACGCAAGCAACACUGUCAUCCGAAGAAACAACAGCAGCAACCAUGCCGCCGAAACAACACCAGUCAGGGUCGGCGUCGUCGAAACCGCGAUCGGGGUUCUUGCUGGGGGGUUGGACAUGGGGGGGGAGGGAACAGCGACGACAAGAAGAACCUAAACUCCCGCCUCUGGAGGCGUUUUCGUUUAGGUCUUUUGUUCAGGAUGCGGGCCAGCAGCGGCAUGGUGAUAUCAGUGCUGAUUUGGAUAGGAUAGCGGAGAUUUGUGCUAGGAGUCGGUACUCGUUGUCGAAUCAGUACGAGGUUCAUGUUGCGCCUCAUGGGUCGGGGGCGGGGUUUGUGACGGAACAACAACAACAACAACAACAACAACCGAGGAGUAGGAGGGGGAAAAAGAGUUUGGCUGAGGGGAGGUUGGAGACUAUUAUGAGCUGUAGUCGGAGUUGUUCCUCUGAAGGGGGAGAUGGGAUGAGACAACAACAGAAGGGGCGAAAGGGCAAGGAGGGUGGGGAGUCAAGUAAGAGGUUGGAGAGGAAACGGUCGGCGAGUUUCGCGAAUGCGAUUAUGGAGGGUGAGGGGGGGCUGGUUAAGGGGGAGGUGUUGGCGCCGAGGGUGAGUGGGAGUGAUAUUGGGGUUAGGACUUGCUCUAGUACUACCGCUACUGAGGGUGUGUGGCAGCAGCAGCAGCCACGGUAUUAUGAAGAGCUGCCACAUGAGGGGCACCAGAGCCACUACACUUAUUACAGCCAAAACCCGAGAUCGUCAAGCGGGAAUUUGCUUGGGAGCUGGGUGCCGUGGCAGACACCGGCUUCAUCAUCAACACCACAGGGAAGGAGGAAUGCAGAGGGGAGGUUGAGGGAGUUGCUCAAGGUGCCGUCGGAGGGGAGGAGGUGA